GAUCGGCGAAAAUGGUUGAUCGGGCUUGCCAGACUUUGACAGUCUGACUCGACCACGAACAAGACCGCUUACGCCUAUGGCUAGUAGGCCGGCAGCUCGUACUCCCGCUUCUCUUACUCAUGAUCAGCAGAGGGCAUACGACAGUAUAAAGGUGCACGCUCCUGUUGUUGCUAGCCAGCCAGUCGCUCCGCACACUUGGAUUCGGAUACCAUGACCACCUCAGUGCCUCAACCCUUCAGUGUAUCCGUCCCAGACGCCGACAUCGCGUCCCUGCGCCAGAAACUUGCCCUGACGCGCUUCCCGGACGAGCUUGACGACGCGGCGUGGAACUACGGCGUGCCGCUUGCGGACGUGAAGAGACUUGUUGCGCGAUGGAAGGAUGGCUAUGACUGGCGCGCUGCAGAGGCCAGCAUCAACGAGAUUCCGCAGUUCACGACAGACGUCGAGGUCGAGGGAUUUGGCACGCUGAAUGUGCACUUCAUCCAUCAGAAGAGCGAGGUGAAGGGCGCGAUCCCGUUGCUGUUUGUGCAUGGCUGGCCGGGUCACUUCCUUGAGGCCAGGAAGCUGCUCCCGUUGUUGACAUCUGCUUCGCCGGACCACCCGAGUUUCCAUGUUGUUGCUCCUAGUCUGCUGAAUUUUGGCUUCUCUGAGAGUGUGAAGAAACCAGGGUUUGGGGUUGUCAAGCACGCAGAGGCCUGCCAUAAGCUCAUGCUCAGCCUUGGCUAUACUGAAUACGUUGUGCAAGGAGGAGACUGGGGCUCAUGGAUCAUAAGGACAAUGGCGGCUACUUACGGUAGCUCCGUGAAAGCAUGGCAUACCAACUACGCUUCUGCGGUUAGCCCGCCAUCAUUCUCACGCUACCCUCGGCUCUGGCUCAAAAAUCUCGUUACUCCCUUGACUGAACGUGAACGAGCCAGUCUCAAGCGCCUCCCUGACUUCAAUCGCACGGGGCGAGGGUAUAGCACUCAGCAAGGCACACAGCCGCAGACGCUCGGGUACUCUCUCGCGGACUCACCCGCGGGCUUGCUGGCUUGGAUAUACGAGAAGCUUGUGCUCUGGUCGGAUGAGUAUCCGUGGGACGACGACGAAGUCCUCACAUGGAUCUCGGUGUAUUGGUUCUCGAGAGCCGGCCCCGCUGCCUCGGCAAGGAUUUACUACGAAGACGCCAGAGCGAGGGAGGACCCGAAGCGGGUGGACCCUUGGUGCACAUCCCCAGGCGGCGUGUCCUACUUCCCUAAGGAGAUGAUUGCCCCGCCGAAGACAUGGACGCGCAUGAUGGGCAAUGUUGUCUUUGAUUCUGAGCACGAGAGCGGUGGACACUUCGCUGCGCAUGAGAAGCCAGAUGGCCUCGCAGCGGACAUACGUGCGAUGUUUGGGAAGGGCGGGCCUGCGUUCGGCGUAGUGCCGGAUAAAGUUGGCUAUGAUUGAACGUCGCUUGUCUGGUGUAUGGUGUGCAUGAAGUCACCCGG